AUGGUGUCAUCUACAUCAGACAUAUCUUUUGGUCAUGGCAGCUUGGGAACACAGAGAACUUCUUGCUGGGCUGGCAUUCUGUGCUGCCUUUUGCUGGCCUGUUCUUAUGUGGGGAGUUUGUAUGUAUGGCGGAGCACUUUACCAAGGGAUCACCCCAGUGUGAUUAGAAGGCGUUUUACAAGUGUGCUUGUUGUCUCCAUCGCCUCACCAUGUGUUGUGUGGGCAUUGACUGAAUGGAUGAAGAUAUUGUCAGAUGUCCCUCUGAUGCCAUUAUUUGGGAUCCGGCUGGAAGGAGUUGUAGCUGCUGGCAUAUUGCCUUUGUUGCUUACUAUGAUGCUGUUUCUUGGUCCCUUGGUCCAGCUGGUAGUGGAAUGCCCAAAAGGAAUUCUUUUUGAAAUUAAGAUGAGAUGUAAUCUCCGGUGCGUGUCUCUAUGUGUGAGAGACUUGAAAUGGAUGAGAAACCACAUAGUGGCCCCUCUAACAGAGGAGUUGGUGUUCCGUGCCUGCAUGUUGCCUGUGCUCGUGCCUUGCACUGGGCCCACUGCUGCCAUUUUUAUUUGCCCAUUGUUUUUUGGUGUGGCCCAUUUUCACCACAUCACUGAACAGCUGCGUUCCGGAUGUGACUCUUGGGGUGACAUCUUAAUUACUGCAGUUUUUCAGUUUGCUUACACAUAUGUCUUUGGAAUCUACUCUGCCUUCAUAUUCAUCCGAACAGGCCAUCUGCUGGCUCCAGUGCUGUGUCAUUCCUUCUGCAACUGCAUGGGUUUCCCAGAGUUCGGCAGGGCCCUGAAGCACCCCCUGCGCCCUGUGCUCCUGUUCUGCUACCAGCUGGGGGUUGCACUCUUCCUGCUUUGCCUCCUCCCCCUGACUGACCCCUUCUUCUAUGGCGUGACACCCAUCUGCACAUUAUUUCUUAAUCCCCGGGCUGUCUGCUCAUGA